AUGUGCCCGCCCACUGAGGAGCCUCAACCUCCGCAGAUUGAGGCGGAAGAGUAUAACGACGAUACGGAAUCCUCUUACGAAAGCGAUCUCCCGAGCACGUCCUCGUUGAGCUCGUCAAUCACAGAUUACGAGUACGAAAAUGGUCGCCGAUACCACAGUUACAAGAAAGGGCUUUACCUUGCCCCAAAUGACGAGGAUGAGAAGGACCGCUUAGACCUUUGCCAUCACACCAUCACCCUCCGCAUCGGCGGAAAGCUGCACCUGGCCCCCAUUUCUCCCAACGUCCAGGAGGUCUUGGAUCUGGGUACGGGCACCGGCAUCUGGGCGAUUCACAUGGGCGAUGAGUACGAGUCCGCACGCAUCCUCGGAAAUGACCUCAGCCCGAUCCAGCCCAGCUUCGUGCCGCCCAAUGUUCGCUUCGAGGUUGACGACAUGGAGGAUGUGUGGACGUAUACGCAGAAGUUCGACUUCAUCCACGCUCGCUACCUCGUGGGCUCCAUCCGCGACUGGCCUAAGCUGAUCUCUAACUGUUACAAGUUCCUCAAGCCCGGCGGCUGGCUCGAGGUGAAGGAGUUCAACAUGCACGCCUACUCGACCGACGGCUCGCUGGACGAGGAAAAUUCAUAUCUCAACCGCUACCUGCGCGAGUCAGCCGAGGGCAUGCGCUCGCUCGGCAUCGAGCCGGAGCCCGCGACGAAGCUGGCGGGUUGGCUGAAAGAAGCCGGCUUCGCCGACAUUCGGGACGAGCUCUUCCCGUGCCCGAUUGGCUCGUGGCCCAAAGAUAAGAUGCUGAAGGAAGUCGGCUUGUUCAAUCUGGCCAACUUUGUGGAUGGCCUGGAGGGCUUCUCGAUGAGGCUCUUGACUAGCACUAGGGGGUGGAAGAAAGAAGAGGUCGAGGUGCACGUCGCGCAUGUCAAAAAGGAGCUGAAGAACCGCUCCAUCCAUUCUCAGCAUGAUAUGCAUGUUGUCUAUGGACAGAAGCCGCUUGAUGCGGAAUAG